GUUGCAUUUUAAACCCUCAAGGUUCUGUUGCUCUGCGUUGCAUCGACUGCCGUCACCGUCCUUGGUGAAAAAGCACAAUGCACAAGAUGAGAACCUCAUUCGCCUCGCUGGUUGCAUUCUUUGAAGUGGCAGCUGGCUACAAGACGGGCCUGAUCGGCUAUGGACAGUACUGGUACGAUCCGGCAUGUGCUUACUCGUGCAGGGCAGUCAUCGCCUCCGCGCCGCUUGACUGCCCCGACAUGGACAACAGCAUGAGCGGCAUGAACAUGAGCGGCAUGGACAUGAACAGCGGCUCGCCCUCGGCGUCCUGCAUCGCGGACAACAUCGACUUCCUCUCCACUUUGGCCUACUGUAUGGGCACCCGCUGCCCCUCUGACGGUGUCAACGCCGCAAAGCUCGAGGCCUACUGGGCCGACCAAGCCACCGGUGACCCGGCCAUCGCCCCCGAAUGGACCUACGGCGCUGUACUGGCCAACACCUCGCGCCCGGAGCGGACCUUCAAGAAAGGCGACACACUCAACUAUACGGCGCUCAUCUCGGAUGCCGACUACCAGUACCAGUACGACUUCGACCGCUUCUUCGACUGGGAAGAGGCCAUUCAGUCGACCUAUGUAAUCGUCAUCAUCGCUGUUGGAGUAGCAACACCCGUCGUGCUCUCGGCCAUGAACCAUGCCCCGUUUCUCACCAGCGCCAUCGACAAACUGCGACCGUAUAUUGAACAGGCCUCGGUCGCGGGGUACAAUAUGCGCAUUCUCCCAUAUUCUUUGGGAAACGCCCCGACCGUGGGCCAGGGGCUUUGGAUUCUGAUGUUUCUCGCCCUCAACAUCAUUCUCGGCGCCAUUACCUAUCAGAACUUCCCGCAAACCCACCCAUGGGGCUUCAGCAAAUCGGGUGAACUUUUGGCUUAUGUUGGUUACCGUACUGGGCACAUCUCCUUCGCCUUGCUGCCUCUUACCGUUUUGUUUUCGUCUCGCAAUAACAUCUUGCUCUGGCUUACAGAUUGGCCGUUUUCGACGUUUGUAAUCCUGCACCGAUGGGUAGCACGCAUUUGCACCCUCCAUGCCAUUGUCCACUCAAUCACCCUUUUAGCCGCUUAUAUCGACAAUGGCACAUAUUCGGCCGAAGUCCAUAAACCCUAUUGGGCUUGGGGUAUCGUGGCGACGCUCUGCCUGGUCAUAAUCCUUUUCCAAAGCAGUGUCUGGUUUCGCCGCAACUCUUACGAGUUUUUCCUAAUCUUGCACGUUUUGCUGGCCGUUUUUGUCAUUGUUGGCUGCUGGUACCAUAUAUAUUAUUGGAAGGCCUUCAGCGGCAUAUACGAGUUGUGGUUGUAUAUGGUGAUCGCCCUGUGGUUCUUCGACCGCCUCGCGCGCGUGUUGCGGGUGGUCAAGAACGGCAUCCGCCGCGCAGACGUCGUCGAGCUGUCGCCCGAGUCCGACGUCGUGCGCCUCGACAUCACGGGCGUGCGCUGGCCUGCCGAUCCGGGCCGCUACGCCUUUGUCCACUUCCCCACGCUGCGGCCACUGGGCUUUUGGGAAAGCCACCCGUUCUCCAUCACGCACACGGCCAUGCUGCGGCCGGUGCACAACCCGCUCGCGCAGGCGUCGUCGGGCGACGUCGAGACCAACAAACCUCCGCGGAUCGCGGCGGGCACCGGCGGCAUCUCCAUUUACGUCAAGAGGCACGCCGGCAUCACCAGCCUGCUGCACAGGCGCGUCGGUAUCCCCGUGCUCCUGGACGGGCCGUACCGCGGGAACCCGAGCCGCGACGUGCUCAAGUGCGACCGCGUGCUGCUCGUCGGCGGGGGCAUCGGAAUUACAGGGCUGCUGGCGUGGACGCGCGCGCACGUCAACGUCAAGCUGGCAUGGAGCCUGAGGGAGACGGACCGCCCCCUGUUGCAGGACCUCGAGUUUGCACUGAGCGGCGUGGCGGACAAUAUGAUAUCGGUAGGCCAGCGGCUGGACGUCGAGGCGCUCUUGGCGCACGAGGUCGAGUCCGGGUGGGAAAGAGUGGGCGUUGUCGUGUGCGGACCUGCGGGCCUUUGCGACGAUGCGAGGAUGGCCGUGGUCGGGGCUGGGAAGAAAAACAAGACGGUGUUUGUGUUGGAGACGGAUGUUUUUAGCUGGUGAUUGGUGAUGUUGGUUGAAAUUAAUUUUUUUGCUUUGCUGUCGUAACAGUCCUGCGACUUUAUAAACCGAGUAAACACCUGGUCAAGAGCUGAGAGGAAACAUUGGCGAUGUUUUGCAAGUGCCAAGUGCGAGUGUGCACUAAAAGACGGCGUUUCCACUGUCUGGUGAUUGGUUGUGCUGCACUUCAGGUACAAAAAAGGCAGCAGCAAGUCGCUGUUUCGAUCCUAUGGUGUUAACUUACAUGCGUUAACCAACGACGCCCAAAACGUCCACAUUAACUGCACCAUCUUUACCAUAACCGGCUUUAACCAUUAUCGCGUGCAAUUAUCCAAUCGGCUCCCUGUUCGAGCAGCACCUUGACCACCUCGGCAUGGCCGUUGCUUAGUGUCGUCCACCAGUUAUUGCUUACAGAAAAGAAUGGCGGCAGCAAAACCGGA